AUGUCCGAGAACAAGCGGAAGAUGGCUCGCGGCGAGCUUUACCACGCGCUCACGCCGGAGCUUGUCGCCGAGCGCACAAGGUGCAAGACGGCGCUGCGUGCGUACAAUGCCCUCGCCGGCGUGGCGCCGCGGCGGGAGUUGGUCCGCCUCUGGAGAGAGGUCGUCGGCGACACGACGGCCAUGCCGACAGAGCUGCCGGAUGCGGCGGCCGACGAGGCGCAGUUCGACGACGAACCGCUGGUUGAGGCGCCCGUCUUCAUGGACUACGGAACCCAGGUGAAGCUGGGCAAGGGCGUCUUCAUCAACGCCUACUCGACGUGGGUCGACACGUGCACCAUCACCGUCGGAGCGCGCACCCUCUUCGGUCCGCACGUCUCGCUGUACAGCGGUAUGCACCCGCUGGACCCGGAGCUGCGCGACGGCACGAGGGGGCCCGAGUCGGGCAAGCCCAUCAACAUUGGCGAGGACUGCUGGAUCGGCGGCAACGUCACCAUUCUAGCCGGUAUCACCGUCGGCCGAGGCGCGACCGUGGGAGCGGGUAGUGUCGUCACCAAGGACGUGCCGCCUUUCCACGUCGUCGCGGGUAACCCGGCGCGCGUCAUCCGCAAGAUCAAGACCUCCAUGGACCCCGAGCAGAGCGCAAAGCAGGCGCAGUGCGACAGCCAAGGAUCAGAGCUUCCCAUGGCGAGCAUGUCGUAA